AUUUGGAGGAAACAAUAACCAUCGACGAAGGAUGUUUUCUAUCCAACUUGCUUUACAGUUGCAAGCGAUGAAUCUGAGUCGUACAAUGCAACACGUGGCCCUGGUGUGACCUGAAAACCUUUGAUUCACAAAUACAACAAACCAAGUAGCCUACUCUAAGAAAACUGUUCCCAGGGUUUGUAACCUCUCUGUCAUUUCGCUGCUAGCAAUUUAAUACUUAAAGCCGUUUCAAGACCCAUUUGAAAUUACAAAAAGUAAAAAUAAUCCCAACAUAGCUGCUCUCUUCGAUUACGUUUUGAGCUCAACAGAGGUCAAUUUUUCCUUCAAUGUCGAAUCAGACUGAGCAAGACUGCUGCUUUAAUGAACCGCGCACAAACUAUUUGCUAAAAUUCCUGUGAGAAACAUUCUUGCUUAUGUGCUGCUUGUGAUACAAGUUUUGAUGUUUUUGCAGUGCACGCAGUCCUUGAGACAUGGACAAUAUGGCUCUAAUGAAUGCUCCAAUGCUACACUUUAAGAAUUCUGCUCUCUUUGGAAUCCAUCCAAAAUCGUUUUUGUGCUUUCAGGCACAGAGUAGAAGUAUAACUAAGAAGCCAUUACUGGUGGAAGCCAGAGGUAGAGCAAAUACUAGAACAGAAAGUGCAAAAAUUCGGAACAGAAGGAUGCUGAAAAAGUAUAAUGGAACAGCUACACAUCCGAGGCUUUCGGUAUUUUGCUCAGAUAAACAACUAUAUGCAAUGCUUGUAGAUGACAAAAAUAGGAGUUGCUUGUUCUAUGGAAGCACGCUGCAGAAAUCCAUCCGACAAGAUCCUUCUUGUAGCGCUCUUGAAGCUGCUCAACGUGUUGGGGAGGCACUUGUCAAAGCUUGUGAUGAUCUCAAUAUAAAAGAAAUAUCAUCCUAUGAUCGCAAUGGCCUCCACAAACGUGGAGAAAAGCUACAAGCCUUUGAGACGAUCAUUUCAAGCUAUGGAUUCUUGCCAAGAAAAGGGUGUAGCUGAUAUUGACACUCUUAAUGAAACACUCUUAAUGGACAUGGUCACUUUUCUAGAAUAUUGGCUUGCAAUAUUGCUUGAUUCCCCAUUACUUAGAUGAGCUUUGGAACAUCUAACAUUCUUUGUGCCAUAAUAAUAUACAAUUAUUUGAAUAUCAAUCUAGAAUACCCUGCCAAGAGAUGUUUUUGUA